CGCUCGUAUUUUUUGCCAAUGCGACCGGACUUAUCGGCCCGAUCCAGAGAGCUCUUCUGACCAAAAAACACCCGCGAUCGGCCGGCUAUUUUCGAGCCUCGUUCAACCUUGCCUCGAAGAUGAAGUUAAAUACGAGCUGCCGUCAGGUGCCAGCCGCAUCCGAUGGAGCCCUGCUUUCUAUCUCGUUCAUCGACCAACCCGAUGCAGCACUUCCUUAUGUUGCGGUCUCAGUUGACAGAUUCUGAUAUGGACUAUGAGAGGCCAAACGUUGAAACUAUCAAGUGUGUGGUGGUAGGAGACAAUGCAGUUGGAAAGACCCGCCUUAUCUGCGCCCGGGCCUGCAAUGCCACCCUGACUCAGUACCAGUUACUCGCUACACAUGUGCCCACAGUCUGGGCAAUUGACCAAUACAGAGUGUGUCAAGAGGUAUUAGAGCGCUCCAGAGAUGUAGUGGAUGACGUCAGUGUGUCCCUUCGGCUCUGGGAUACUUUUGGAGACCAUCAUAAGGACCGGCGUUUUGCUUAUGGCAGGUCUGAUGUUGUGGUACUGUGCUUCUCAAUCGCCAACCCCAACUCUCUGUACCAUGUGAAGACCAUGUGGUACCCUGAGAUCAAGCACUUCUGCCCCCGUGCCCCUGUCAUCUUGGUCGGCUGUCAGCUGGACCUGCGCUAUGCCGACCUGGAGGCUGUGAACAGGGCACGGAGGCCUUUAGCUAGACCCAUUAAAUCCAACGAGAUUCUUCCUCCAGAGCGAGGCCGGGAAGUGGCCAAAGAGUUGGGAGUGCCAUAUUAUGAAACCAGUGUUGUUGCUCAAUUUGGAGUCAAGGACGUCUUUGAUAAUGCUAUCCGAGCUGCGCUCAUAUCACGCCGCCACCUGCAGUUUUGGAAAUCUCACCUCAGAAAUGUUCAGCGACCUCUCCUUCAGGCGCCCUUCCUGCCACCAAAACCUCCCCCACCUAUAAUCACUGUGCCUCCUCCCCCAACCACCACGGAGGAGCAUCCAGUCGGUCUUCUGGAGGACCCACACUGUGCUGAUGUCAUCCUGGUUCUGCAGGAGCGACAGAAAAUCUUUGCACACAAGAUAUACUUGGCGACAUCCUCAUCAAAGUUCUAUGACCUCUUUAUUAUGGACACACAACAUGAGGAGACCGAAAGGCCCCCUCGUGGUCCUCUCUCCGGCCGAGAGCUGCUGAUGCGUGCUGCUAGCUUUGAUGUUUGCGAGAGCAGUGAUGAAGGAGACAGGGCCAACCUGAGGGCCUGCACUAGCGACGGGACCUUGAAAGACUCUGAGGGCGGCCGACGGGGCAGACUGCUCUCCUCGUGGAGCCGAGCCUUCGUCAGCAUCCAGGAGGAGCUGGUAGAUGACCCUCUAACGUACAGCCCUAGGCCCAUGACUGUAGUGCACAUGGACCAGUCCAUGCAGCUUGGUCCUUUUCGGGCAGUACUUCGUUACCUGUAUACCGGUCAGCUCGACGAGAACGAGAAAGAGCUAAUGCACAUUGCACAUAUUGCUGAGCUGCUGGAGGUCUUUGACCUGCGCAUGAUGGUGGCAAACAUACUUAACAAUGAAGCCUUCAUGAACCAAGAAAUCACCAAAGCCUUCCAUGUACGGCGCACAAACAGAGUCAAAGAGUGCUUGGCCAAAGGCACUUUUUCUGAUGUAGUAUUCAAGCUAGAUGAUGGGACGAUCAUGGCCCACAAGCCUUUACUCAUCUCUAGCUGUGACUGGAUGGCAGCUAUGUUUGGCGGGCCUUUCGUGGAGAGCUGCACCAAAGAGGUGCUGUUCCCCAACACCACUCGCAGCUGUAUGAGGGCUGUGCUAGAAUAUCUCUACACGGGGCGGUUUUGUUCUCGACCUGACCUGGAUGCAAUGGAGCUUAUUGUUCUUGCCAAUCGUCUUUGCCUCCCCCACCUGGUUGCACUUACAGAACUCUACACAGUAACAGUGUUGACGGAGGCAGCAAUGAUGGGCGCUGACAUUGAUGGAGAUGUGCUGGUGUACUUGGAUAUGGCCCAGUUCCAUGGUGCCCAACAGCUCACUGGUUGGUGUCUUCACCACAUCUGCACCAACUACAACAGCGUCUGCCGCAAGUUUCCCAGAGACAUGAAGGCCAAGUCUACAGAGAACCAAGAAUACUUUGAGAAACAUCGCUGGCCACCUGUGUGGUACCUGAAAGAAGAUGACCACUACCAAAGAGCACGCAAGGAACGUGACAAGGAGGACUACCUGUACCAGAGACGGCAAUGUAAACGCAAGUGGCUCUUCUGGAACCUUCCAUCCUCCCCUAACUCGAACUCUCCUUCCUCUGGCUCAUCUGCUGUCAUCUGACAAAGUGUUACGGGCAGGUCCACUCUGCAGUGCAUCAGUGUGGAUGUAAGUUGUGAAAGAUGCAGUUGAAGAUAAGCACUGCUGGCUAGAUACGUCCCAAUUAUUCAGGCACACAGUUUCUCCUCUUGUUUGUUUGCCUCGACAGUCAAACAACACUCCAGGCCUGCAAGGUCUGCUCAGUCUGGGGGUUAAAGUAAUGAGUUUUGUUCCUUAGAUUUUCAGCUUGGUAUACAUGAGACUCAAACCUCAGUGAUAUAAACCCUACUGAUAAAUGGCACAGUCUAACUGGCGCCAGUAUCAACUCAUAUGGAUUGUUAUGUGUUCCACCAUCUGGGUUUAAAGUUUUAAAAAUAGGACUCUGCUGGCACAGAACUUUCCACCUGUGGUCAUAAUUAUCAACAGCUAACCUGAACUGAUAACCAAGUGCUGCUUAUCAGCUGCAACAACCAGCAAUCCAACACAGAACUCAAGUCUCAGAGAUAUAACACUUUGCCCUUAAGUGUUUGUACAAUCUACCAAACUGUGUGUACAGUAUGAUCUCAUCAACAGGAUGUAACAAUAGCAUGGCCUGCCCAGAGUCAGUUGUUCAAGUCAUUCAUUCUGACCAUGCUUAUUAUGACCAUAUAUGCAUAAAUGAAAAUAUUGGCAACUUCUACUCCCGUUUAUUUUUGUACAGUCAUUCUAUUUUUGAAUGUUUGUGUUCAGCUUGCACAGCUAAAAGUGAUGUGAGUCUGGACACACUCAGCAUUUACGUAUUGUGAUCUUGUGUUUUGUGGCCUCUUGUCACAAAAGGGCUUUAGUUUACAUGAAUGCAUUCAGUGUCCUGAGACACAAGAGAUCCCAAAUCAAGGAAAAUAUCUGUAUUUUCUGUAAAAUGCCAGCAAAAACAAACCAGAUCACUAUUAUUUUCCUAUGUGUUGCUUGAUGAGGCUUGUUAGCACACAUGUUUUUCUGAGUCCUUUAGUUUUACGUUGAAUGGUUCCAUCAUCUUGAUCACAGUCCCCCCUGGAAAGCAACACGUGACACAUCUCAGAACCAAUAGCAGCAUCUCCACAACUGAAGCGACCACACGGACGUUACCAUCCCUCUGUGACUGUCACAUCACUGGUGGCGAUUUGGCCUUUAGAGGUUUAUCUCAGUUGAUCAGAUGAUGCCCCCCGACUAUCUGCAGUUGACUACGUAAGACUUAUACAUGCAGGAGGCUUCCUCACAUCUGGUUGAAGCCAUCCAUACUCCUCAUAACACCUCGAGCACUUUCUGGACUCUUCUCCACAGAGACACACACAAGAACCUCCAGUAGCAGCAUCCUGGUAAAAGACAGGAAGGUGGCACGACACGUUGAAGCAGAUUUUUAAAAAAGGAACUGGAGAUGACACGAGACCAAGAUAUUUAAAAUGUUUCCAAAAGCGUUCCGAAGAGGUUUAGAUCAAAUGGUUUUUCUUGAUUUGUUUUGCACACCUCACAUGUUCAAGAUUGUCAUCUUCUCUUGUACUUGAUCAUAGGAUGGACUGCAGCAUUGUUUGGAUUUAUGCUGCUCAGUGAAGAAGGGUAGUAUUGUAAAUUAUAUGACGUAUCAGAUGAACUGCAAGUAACUUGCAUCACUUUUAUGUGCUGUUACCUAAUAUUGUGCACUGCAGGCAGUGAGCAGAAUCCUACAGUAUUACUAAGUAAUACAUAUACUGAAUAUAGACUUGACUUAUCCAACUUGCAUUUAGUUACUGUGCAGCUACAAACUGUUGUUGAAAAUACCUGAAUACUCAUUGUGCUGACCUCCAGUUACAUCUGUUAUAUACUGUAGUAUACAUGCAAAUUACAGGCAGUUCAAAUAAACAGUUGACUAAUAGUAAAAUAGGAAUACAGUGCAAAGUAAAGUAGACACAUACUCAUAUAAAUGACAUUUUAAAGAUGUAUGGUACAUCCAUAAAACAUGCUUUAUUGUCAAAGAGUACAUUCUGAUUGCAGCAUUUGCAUUUGCAGCAUAUGUUAAAGAAAGCCUUGCUUCAAUCCUGUAUAUGAUUGGUUGUCCUUUUCCGCUUUUUUGAUUAGACAGACAUUUAGAGCCCAGCAAAGAGCUUAAAAUGAUCACGUGGUAUGAAUCAAUUCAGUGGCAAAACCAAUUUCUUGCUUGUAUUAACUCCUGAUCUAAUAACUACACUGCAUGAACAGGGCUCACCAGAAUAGACAACAUUUAUAUUUUUCAUCAGUCAAAAUGUAAGACAUAGAUAAGUGGUGGUGCUGGUGCUCUCAGUAGUAGCUUUAAAUUGAUCUCAAUUACAUUAAAUGGUCUAUUGCUAGUUAAAUAUAGUAACCGUCAAUUUAAAUAUCUUAAUUGUUCGAAACUUUUGGCAUACAUAGUCAGACAUUAGGACGGAUGAAAGAUUGUACUCUUUUAGAGACAGCUUAAUCCAAAUUCUGAAUGAUUUGAUUUAUUAUGACAUAAUGUCCAGUACACACAAAAUAUAGCUUAGUGUAACAGGUGAACAGCAGGAGAGUCUAUGUUGUUAUAAUUUGCCUUGGUGGUGUGACUGAUAAAGCUCAUAGACAUGCAUUUCAUUCCUCAGUGCAUUGCAUUUCUCAGUGAAUCUUCUGCUGAUGUUUUGCAUUAAGAACACCUCAUGCCUUAAUGUACAGUGUACUGUAGUGUAUGGUAUUGAAUGUAAAGUAGUGUUACUGUGGUCACUAGUUUGUUUGCUAUAUCUUCAGCUACCAUGGUGCUCUCUAGGCUGUGCGUGUAUUCAUAAAUGUACAUAAUCCAUAACUUGGAUGUAAAGCAAUCAGUCGGUGAGCGAUUCGAGGAGUUUGAUGAGUAUACUUUAGUUUGAACACUGUUUAGGAUUUAUGUCCUUUUACCGCUGGAAAACGAAACUAAUUAAAGACUCUGACAUCAAGGCCACACCAGACUAAUGACGAACCAUCAAUUUGUGACAUUAACCAUGAAAUGAAUGCAGGGAUUUCAAAUUUGUUUCAUUAUUUUAAAGUUUCUUUAUGCUGACAAGCUCCAAGUUUUGAGUCUGCAUAGUUACAAAAUGCUGCAACAGUGUGGAAAUGGGAAGUUAGUUAGUAACUCAAACAUGUAAAUAUAUAUUGUGUGAUGACUUCUGCAAUUCAAACUUGGCAUAGCAAUUGAUACAAGCUAUUGCAUAGUUUAACAUAGAUACUGUUUUGUACUAUGCAUAUUGAAAUGUCUGACUUUGAAACUACAAACUUGCACUGCUUUGUAGCACCACGUUCUAUUCAAAUUGCAUUAGAGGGUAUUGCAACAUCAUUAGAUAAGUAGACAACAUCAGGUAGAAAAAAAGAAGAAAAAAAAGAAGAAAAAAAAAUUAGAUCAUAAAUUACAAAGAAGUUGUCACUGGGGCCCUUUUCCAUAUGUUUGGGUGCUAAUAUCACAGCUGCAGAGAAGCACAAACCAAAGGGAGCUUUAGCAGCACCAGGAAUAUAUUAUAUGCUGCACAAUCACUACUGCAUAGUUUAAGAGGCCUUGUUCAGAAACGGUUGAAAAUUAAAUAAAAAAGACAAUAAGAGAAAAGAAAAAAAACUUGAAUGUUUUCUCAGUGUUCAAAGCCUGGGUGACGUUUUCCUUAGUCACCAGGUAUUUUUGUUCUGAAGAGCUGUUUUUAUUGUUUAGGAGCUGUAAAUCUGAAAUUCUGUAGCAUGUGUUCUUGAAAAUGUGUAAAUAAUAUUUACUAAAUAAACAAGGAGCAACAUGUGCA